AUGACCAGAAAUGUAGCUGAAUCCCUCAACAAUGUGCUCGCAGCUGCACGGAAUUACCCAAUUGUGCCAUUGAUCGAGUACAUUAGGGCAACUCUGAUGGGUUGGUUUAACACUCGUCGUACCCUCGCUUCGGAGACAAGUAACACGCUAACCCCAAAGGUAGAGGAGAUCCUAGCUACUAACUUUGAACUGUCAACAGGGUUUUCGUUCCGUCGGAUAAAUCAAGAUGAAUUCGAGGUCCGGAACAAAGAGGGUGUUCCUUUCCUAGUUAACCUGGAGACGCAGGCAUGUAGCUGUCAUGAAUUCCAGAUGUUGCGGAUCCCUUGCUGCCAUGCUAUAGUCGCAGCUUUGAGAUCUGAGACAAGGGUUGACUCAUUGGUUGGAAUUGAAUACACCACAGCUUUUUGGAACAAGGCCUACGAGUGCAGCAUCUACCCCGUAACAAUGUCUGCGCCAACUCUUCCCGUAGGCGACGACUUCUCAUCUCUUAACCUGAAGCCACCUAACACCCGCCGCCCGCCUGGGAGGCCUCGCAAAACGCGCAUCCGCUCUCGUGGAGAAUUUGGGGGGGGAUUACCGAGGCGUUUAAACAUCUGUGGUCGAUGUGGUAGCUUCGGCCAUAACCGUGCCUCUUGUAAGAUGCCGAUAUAG